GACCGACCCACCUUCGCUGUACACUUCUAUCUGUUAUACAGUACCCUCACGAUAUUAGCUCGGAAACUAGGUCUCCCUAGGAGCUCUUAAACCAGCAGAGUAUAUGAUUUUCGAGCUCGGUGAAUUCAAUGAAAAUUUUGCACCAUGGUAGAAGUUAAGAACUCGCAUAUUAUUUGCACGCCGCCACUCGGUAUGUGAAAGUAACAGACUUUAAAAGUUCGCUAUAUUGUCACUAAAACAGAAUAUUAUAAAUUAAUGUUCAUCUUCAAGAUUCUUAGGUAUACGAUUUUUUCAAUUUAAUCGUAUACGAUUAGUAUCUCUGAAUCAAUUUUUACUUUGAUCUUGAAAUUACUUGUACAAUAUAAAAAUUAUGAAGAAAUUGUUAUUUUGUUUUCUUCACAUUAAGUUCAUCGAUUUAACAUUGUAACAAAAAUGUAGUUAAACUCUUUGUAGCUUUUUCUACAAGUAUUUCUCUCUGCAAGAGUUGUCACAAAGAAUUGAGUUUUAGAAUAAAAAGAGAAUGUCACGAUGGACCUUGUGUAUCAUCACUGUAGAACUGGAUUCCUAUCUAUGGCGGUGUCAUUUAUGACUAUACACGUGGUGAAGGAACAGUUCUAACCAACGUGAACAUACUUAUAAAAGUUACAAUUUAAUUAAAAAAAUACAGAGAAAAAUGACACAUAAACUUACGGUGGAUUCAAAAAAUCCCCCGACUGAAGCUUUGAUAAUAGUACAACUAAUUAACUCUGAAAGUAAAGAAAAAAUCGAGGUAGUUUGGUGUAAUGAUUGGAACAAUAAAGGCAAUGUCCAAUUAAAGGACAGUCAAAAUAAAGUAUUAGCAGAAAGGAGUAGUGAUGUUUGUCGUUACUUUGCUAGGACUACACAUACAGAUCUCUAUGGAGGUGUCAAUCCUCUUGAAAAAACUGAGGUUGAUCAUUGGCUUUCCUUUGCGAUCGGACCUUUGGGAUCUCUUCCAUUGAAAGAAAACACGCUGCAAUAUUUGGACAAUAUAUUAAUGACAUCUACUUGGUUGGUCUCCAAACAGUUAACAUUAGCUGAUAUCUUUGUAUUUUGUGCACUUUUGGAGAAGGAGUUUAUAACAAAGUUUAAAGAGCAAUUUAUUAACAUAAGUAGAUGGUAUAAACAAAUUCUAUCACUGUCUGCUGUUGCAGAAGCAUUAUCCUCAGUUAGAAAGAAUGCCAAAAUGGUUGUUAACAAUGCACGAUCCGAAAAGGCUGCGAAUAAGCAAACUGGCCAAAGGAAACAAGAAGGUAAAUUCAUUGAAUUGCCUGGAGCAGAAAUGGGAAAAGUUGUAGUACGUUUUCCACCAGAAGCAAGUGGAUUUUUGCAUAUUGGUCAUGCCAAAGCAGCUUUGUUGAAUCAGUAUUAUGCAGAAGCUUUCAAAGGACAACUUAUUAUGAGAUUUGAUGACACAAAUCCUGCGAAAGAAACUGUGGAAUUUGAGACAGCUAUUUUGGAAGAUUUAGAAUUAUUACAAAUUAAACCAGAUCGAUUCACACAUUCUUCUGAUUACUUUGAUUUGAUGUUGGAGUACUGUACUAAAUUAAUAAAAGAGGAAAAAGCAUAUGUAGAUGAUACUCCUGCUAAUGUAAUGAAAGAACAACGUGAUCAAAAGUUAAUGUCAUUAAAUAGGAAUAAUUCUGUUGAAAAGAAUCUUCAAUUGUGGAACGAAAUGCAACAGGGAACUACAAAGGGACAGGAAUGCUGUGUUAGAGCAAAAAUUGAUUAUGAAUCAGCAAAUGGAUGUUUACGAGAUCCAACAAUAUAUAGAUGUAAACCAGAGCCUCAUCCUCGAACUGGAACGAAAUACAAAGUGUAUCCGACAUAUGAUUUUGCUUGCCCCAUCGUCGAUGCUAUUGAAAACGUUACACAUACUUUACGUACAACAGAGUAUCACGACAGAGAUGCUCAAUUUUAUUGGAUAAUCGAUGCUCUAGGCUUGAGACGUCCUUAUAUAUGGGAAUACUCGCGUUUGAAUAUGACCAACACAGUACUCUCUAAAAGAAAACUAACUUGGUUUGUCAAUGAAGGUCUCGUUGAUGGAUGGGACGAUCCGCGGUUUCCAACAGUAAGAGGUAUUUUAAGAAGAGGAAUGACCGUCGAAGGAUUGAAACAAUUUAUAAUUGCCCAAGGUAGCUCCAGAUCUGUUGUUUUCAUGGAAUGGGAUAAAAUAUGGGCAUUUAACAAAAAAGUUAUUGAUCCAAUUGCUACUAGAUAUACUGCUUUAGAUUAUAAUAAACUUGUACCCGUUCAUAUAACCAAUGCAAAGGAAGAAUGGUUAACAGUUCAAAAUCAUCCAAAAGAUCCCUCUAAAGGUACCAAACAGGUGCUAACAGGUUCAGUGUUAUACAUAGAGAAAGAUGAUGCAGACGUAUUAGUUGAAAAUCAAAACACAACCUUCAUCAAUUGGGGCAAUAUAUUAAUAAAAAAAAUUGAAAAAAGCAAUGGAGUUGUUACGAAAGUACUAGCUGAAUUAAAUUUGGAGAAUAAAGAUUACAAGAAUACAUUGAAAAUCACUUGGUUAACAAAACCUUCUGAUACCAGUGACGAUGAUAUUAGUAAAUCUAGUCUAAUACCAUGUUAUGCUGUAUAUUUUGAUCAUAUUAUAAGCAAACCAGUUUUGGGGAAAGAUGAUGAUUUUAAAGAUUUCAUUGCAAAAGCUACAAGAGUAGAGACACAAAUGGUUGGAGAAACGGAAUUGAAACGUGUGAAGAAAGGAGAAAUUAUUCAAUUACAAAGGAAAGGGUUUUUCCGGUGCGAUAUACCUUACGCAUCUGCCAGUCCAUUUUCUUCUAGGGAACAACCCUUAAUUCUAUUUCAUGUACCGGAUGGACAUGCUACCAACCCCUCAAAAACUCCAACCACUACACCAACAAAUACGAACAAAGAAGCUUCACAGAAAAAUGGUUCCACGCACGAUGCUAACGUGAUCAAUGAAAAAAUUAUUACUCAAGGCGAUAAAGUGCGUGUUCUAAAAUCCCAGAAAGCAGACAAAGCUGCAAUUGAUGCAGAGGUGAAAAUACUUCUAAACUUAAAAGCCGAAUAUAAGGCAUGUACUGGGAAAGAAUGGAAACCAGAAAAGACUCCAAGUAAAUUACCACAAACCACAGCAUCCGUUAAUUCGGAUAAAAAUAAAUUGUCCGAUGAUAUUGUUCAGCAGGAAAAUAAAAUUAAGGAAUUAAUGGAAAAAAUAAAUCAAGAAAAUCAACGCCUUUCCACAUUAAAGACAGAGUUUAGAAAUAAAACAGGCAAUGAAUGGACAGAAACAGGAAGUCAGAAUAUAUCACAAUGUAAUGCAACAAGUGUUGAUAAAAAACUUAGCCCGGCAACUGAUUUAAAAAAUACAACAGAGCCUACAGUUGAUCAACUCUCUGAGAAUAUACAAAAACAAGGAGACAAAGUGAGGCAGUUAAAAGCAUCUAAAGCUGAAAAAAGCGCUAUCGAUCAAGAAGUAAAGUUGCUUCUUAAGUUGAAGGCCGAUUAUAAAGAUGCAACAGGUCAGGAAUGGAAGCCACCUGCUGCAACACCAAUUAAAACCGUAAAUAAAGAAGAACUCAAUACUGAUCAGCUUUCAGAGAGUAUACAAAAACAAGGAGACAAAGUGAGGCAGUUAAAAGCAUCUAAAGCUGAUAAGAAUAUCAUUGAUCAAGAAGUAAAAGUUCUCCUGGAAUUAAAAAGUAAUUAUAAAAUGGUAACUGGUGAAGAAUGGAAACCACAAACGUCAGAUGCAACUUCCAAAAAGAAAAAAGAUAUCUCUAAGACUGAGAAACAAAAGAAUUCUUCUAACAAAGAAGUAGUAAAAAGUGAGGGUGUAAAAGAUGCGGACAGUGGAAAAACUGGAACCAGAUUAGGAAUGGAAGUGAAGAAAGAGGAAAACUUUUUCGAUUGGUAUUCUCAAAUCAUUACUAAAAGUGGUAUGAUUGAAUAUUACGACGUGUCUGGUUGCUAUAUUCUUCGCCCGUGGAGCUUCUCCAUAUGGAAAAUAAUAAAGGAUUACAUCGACAAGGAAAUAACACAACUGGGUGUACAAGAAUGCUAUUUUCCUAUUUUCGUUACACGAGCAGUCUUAGAAAAAGAAAAGACACACAUAGCAGAUUUUGCACCAGAAGUUGCUUGGGUUACAAAAUGUGGAGAAUCGGAUUUAGCAGAACCAAUUGCUAUCAGACCAACGUCAGAGACCGUCAUGUAUCCAGCCUAUGCCAAAUGGUUGAAGUCUGAUACUGAACUUCCUUUGAAGCUUAAUCAAUGGAACAAUGUAGUGAGAUGGGAAUUCAAGGACCCCAAACCUUUCCUACGUACAAGGGAAUUUUUGUGGCAAGAAGGACACACUGCUUUUGCUACUAAGGCUGAAGCGGAUGAAGAAGUACUGACGAUUUUAGAUAUAUACGCUAGAGUGUAUGAAGAUUUAUUAGCAAUACCUGUCAUUAAAGGUCGUAAAACUGAAAAAGAGAAGUUCGCUGGAGGUGAUUACACUACCACAGUGGAAGCUUUCAUCUCCACAAGUGGUCGUGCUGUACAAGGAGCAACUAGUCAUCAUUUAGGACAAAAUUUCUCUAAAAUGUUUAAUAUUCAAGUGGAGGGUGCAACAGAAAGCGACGAGAAAACAUUCGUUUAUCAGAAUUCGUGGGGUUUAACAACUAGAACGAUUGGUGUCAUGAUAAUGGUUCACGGGGACGACAAAGGUCUAGUGCUCCCACCGAAUGUGGCUUGUAUUCAGGCUAUUAUAGUACCUUGUGGAAUCACAGCUAAUACAACUCUAGAACAAAGAGAACAUUUAUCCGCUGAAUGUAACAAACUACUGGAUGAGCUUUCAAAGGACAAAACAGUUAGAGUAAAGGCUGAUUAUCGUAGCAAUCGAACUCCUGGUUGGAAAUUCAAUCAUUGGGAACUGAAGGGAGUGCCUGUAAGAAUUGAAUUAGGACCCAAAGAUUUGGAGAAAGAACAAGUCACAUUUGUACGUAGAGAUACUUCAGAAAGGGUAGUUGCAAAAAGAAUCGAAGUGCUUUCCGCAUUACAUAACUUAUUGGCUGAUAUACAGUCUAACAUGCUUGCAAAAGCGAGGAAAAAUUUGAAUGAGCAUAUUAAACGUGUUGACAACUGGGAUGAUUUUUGUCCUGAACUCAAUAAGAAGAAUAUACUCUUAUCACCAUUUUGUGGAGAAAUAUCUUGCGAAGAUAACAUUAAAGCUGAUAGCGCUCGUGAGAACGUAGGAGAAGAACUUGGAACACUCUCAAUGGGCGCUAAAAGUCUUUGUAUACCUUUUGAACAGCCAGCCUCUCCGACCCAUCUAAACGAACAAAAAUGCGUUUAUCCCGGUUGUCAGAAUAAACCUAAGUUUUAUACACUUUUUGGUCGCAGCUAUUAAACUCUUUUUACAAACAAGAUUUGCAGUAGUUAAUAAAGUAUUUUAAAACACCCGUUCUUAAUGACAGUUUUAUUACAAUUAUAUAAAUAUAGUUCCGUUUUAUCGCCAUGUUGAUUUCAAAUACUUUCUUCACACCAUAUAAUUAGUUUCUUUUUUCUUAUAUGUUUAAUAGUUCUUAUUCAAGUUUAUUUAUUGUGCUAUAUUUAUUCGUAUACUAUUAAUAAGAUACUAUUUAAAAAUCAUGUAUAAUACUCGGUAUAAACUAAAAUAUAGUGUGACAUAGAAAAAACGAUUAACUUUGUAUAUAAUAAUAAUAAUACCUACAACCAUAAAUAGCAGUGAAAAU